GUCGUGGUGACGGGCCGGCGGAGCGGUCUGCAGCGGCGGAGGUCCUGACGGGAGUCAGCCGACAGACAGCGGGGAUCGAUAACAAGCCAGACUCGGAGAAUUAUUAUGACAGCAUUAACAGGCAGCUAGCUGGCUUCUUAUCCCCCCGUCAGCCACCGCCGAGAGCAAGCAAAUCAACCCGACCGGGACCAUGGAGAGAAAAAGUGUUACAUUACCUGUAAAGCGUAUCUUCAACAAGCCUCAGAUAGUCCGCAGUCUGGGCAGCAGCCUUCACACAAAUGUGAAUCCCAGCCAGGCCAUCGCAGGACACUCGCUCAUGACCAAAGUGCAGCGCAGCAGGCACAAGCAUCAUUAUGACAUCAACCAUCAAAUCAGGGCCAAGCCUGAUUUAAACACGACACUACCAGUUCGACAGACGGCGUCCAUCUUCAAACAACCAGUGACAAAGGUAACAAAUCAUCCCAACAACAAGGUGAAGACGGACCCGCAGAAGGCUGUGGACCAACCCAAACAACUGUUCUGGGAGAGGAAGUUGAGCGGGUUAAAUGCCUUUGAUAUCGCGGAGGAGCUGGUGAAAACGAUGGAUCUGCCUAAAGGCUUACAGGGUGUCGGACCUGCGAGUUCAGAUAAAACGCUGCUUUCUGCCAUCGCCAGCGCGCUGCACACCAGCCCCGCUCCUGUCACCGGACAGCUCACAGCCGCGGUGGAGAAAAACCCCGGAGUCUGGCUCAACACAGCACAACCUCUGUGCAAAGCCUUCGUAGUGACCGAUGAAGACAUCAGGAAGCAGGAGGACCUCGUGCAGAAUGUGAGGAGGCGUCUGGAGGAAGCCCUCACGGCUGACAUGUUGGCUCAUAUAGAGGACGCCGCCGAAGGAGAAGGAGAAGGAGGAGAGGAAGAAGAAGUCAGCAGAGCAGAGAAGGUUGAGCAGGUGGAGAAGGAGGAAUUAUAGCCAAGGCUUGUUUGACAUGAAGUUUGCUGGUAAACUUUUUUUUUUUUUUUUUUUCCACAUGACUGGCACCGUGAUUAUUUUUUACGCAGUUUUAACUGAAAUAGUUCAUAACUGCAGACACUCUGCAGAUUUCAUUAACCUAAACAAAGACUGUUUUUUUUUUUUGUUUUUUUUCUUUUUUCUUUUUAUAUGUGACAGUUUAUUCCUGCAACGGUGCUUUGAGUUUCAGUUCAUGUUUACCUCUACUAAUGUAUGGCAGUUACGGAUGGUGCUCUAUACAAUACAGUGUUACAUUUAGUUAACAGCUGUUCAAGCUCAAAGUUAAAAACACAAAUCUAAUGCCUGUGACUGAUAAGUGUGUGUGUGUGAUGUUGAGAACCUCUUUAAGUGUAUUUCUUUUUAACUAUUCUACAAGAACAUUGUUGCUCUUUUAUAUUUUACUCUGGCACUGUAGGUAGUGUGUUUUAUGUUUGGAAGCAUAGGAAGUUUGCAGUAUGUUUACAUCGACACGGCUGCUCCUGUGGCUGUGAAUAUUCAGAUUUAGCUUGUUUUUGGAUUAAAACUGUCUUUUUUUUUUUUUUCAACAUAGUGCUGUUUCUCAUAAUAACCUCAGUUUACAUGGAUUUAAAAGUUCAAGUCAUGGUGUUCGUAUUGACAAAACGAUUAGUAUUUUUUAUUUUUUGCCAACUUCAUUUGAAUUCAGACAGUAACAGAGAAAGUGCAUACCCUCCAGAAAAUACAAUAACAACGCUGAUGUACCUCAGAACAAGAUGUACUGUACCUCAUUACAAGUCUCGUUAUUUGUCUCCGUACCACUGUGUCACUGUCAAAUAAAUGCAACUCUUUUAUGA